ACAAACUAGUAUCGGGAUUGUAGCAAAAUUAGUAAAAAUAUCCGAUUCGCAGUGUUUUUAUCCAAAUUUAAACUGGCUUAUCUUUAAAUUAGCCUAAUAAUGACGGAAAUUUGGAGUUUAGACGCACUUUGUCGAUGUUGUCAUGCAGACGGUGAUUUCAAAGAUUUACGAUCUGUGUAUGUUUUCGAUAAUGGGCCAGAAAAUUAUCUUAACAUGUUACUUGAGACCUUGGGAGUCACGAUAAAGCCCCCAUCAGUGAAUGCCAGCUACUCCAUCUGCGAUGCAUGCAUACUCCAGCUCCGGAAUGCUACCAACUUUAAAAAAAAAGUACUGGAAUGCGAGACAAAGUUUGAGGAAUAUUGUAAAAAUGAGUUGUCACAAACAAACUACGAUAUAAAGACUGAACCAGAAUAUUUAGAUGACUUUGACAACAAUGAUUUUGGUGAUGAUAUUGAAGUCAAAGACGUUAGUAAAAAUCCAGAAUUCACCGCAACUAUCAAGAAGCCAGUGAAAAAUAUUAAGAAAGAAAAAGAAUCUGACAGCAAUCACUUAGAAUUGACAAUAGACGUGAAACCGAAGAUAGAGGGCAAGCCGAGAAAAAGAAACAAGUCGUCCGUCAAAGGUAAAUCAUCAAAAACCAAGCCCAAAGUUAAAGAAGAAGAGUCGUUAGUGGUCACUGUCAAAACGGAAACGGGCGAGAUUUAUUCUUGUAAAAACUGUGGCGCCAACUACCAAAGCUUGGACCAACUCAACCAACAUAUUAAUACAGAGCAUCUAAAAGGCUACAAAUGUAUGUACUGUCCGGAAUACUUUAAAAACGAAAAUAGGUACAAAGUCCAUAACCGCUUGCAACACAACGACGUAAAACCAUUCCCCUGCGAGCAUUGCGGCAGAAAAGUGGGAUCCAAAUCGUCGCUACUAGAACACAUUAACUCCGUACACACUAAAGAAAUCUACUACCAAUGUGAUAAAUGUAUGAAAAAGUUCCACAAUAAACAAGUGCUAAAGAUACAUUUGAUGAAACAUGACGGUACUUUUAGAAAAUUAAUUUGCGAGCAAUGCGGGGUGGGUUGCAAUGACAGGACUAACUUAAGAUAUCACGUAAUGACAGUUCAUGAGAAGUUAAGGACAUUCAGCUGUCAAGAAUGUGAUAAAAAAUUCUCAGCCAUGAAACAUUUGAAGAUACAUAUGAGGUUUCACACUGGGGAGAAACCAUACGAGUGCAAUAUAUGCAAUAACGCUUUCAUAUCAAGAGAUGCACUGACUGUACAUCAAAAACUGCACACGAAAAGUGGGUACAAAUGUAAGACAUGUGCCAAAGUGUUCCCUACUAGAGGUUUAUACGCCUCUCAUUAUAGAAAACAUGUGGGCACUAAGCCAUUUAAAUGCCAUUUAUGUAAUAAGGAGUUCGCUGGUAAAUACUCCUUGAAUCGUCAUAUUUUCGAGCAUACCGGCGAACGUCCAUACAUAUGUCCGGUCUGUGGUAAAAAUUUCUCACAAAAGUCACAGUUAGUUAGACAUAGUAAGAUUCACGAUCCUCAGAGAACGGAAGUGGUUAAAGAGAAAUGUGAAUUGUGUAAAAGAACUGUGCCCAAUAUAGAGAAACAUAUGCUAGCGCAUAAUAAUAAGCCAUAUCCUUGUCAUUUGUGUGAAAAGAGGUACCCAGAGCAGAAUGCGUUAAACAGACAUUUGCAGAGGCAUACCGGGAUCAAACCACAUCAAUGUCAACUGUGUGAUAAAGGUUAUAUACAGUUGAAGACUCUUAGAGGGCAUAUGAUGAAAGUACACAAAUUGCCGUUAAAAAUUGAACAGGAAGAUCAUUUUGACAGUGUUGUUAAUACUUAUACUAUUCAGAAUUUGAAGAGAAAGACAGGUUUCCCCAAUGAUGUUAUAACUCAAGAUAGGUUAUCUUCCUGAGACUAAAUAACAGAAUUAGCAAUAGUAUUAUCAUACAGAACGGCCACGCACCGCCCCCCCACAAAAAUGUGCACGUGCUAACAAUGUUAGAGAUAGAGAUAGAUGGAUACCCAUCCUUUAAUUAAGAGCCAACAGGAGUGGUCAUUUCUCCAUACAAACGUACUCGACUGUUUCCUCCGUGGGUUUUGAAGCUAGAGCAAUGAUUUUUUCAAACCAUAUUAAUAUUGUCAAUAGGAGCAUUCCACGGGCUGUCCCGUACAAACGCAUUUUAUUUCCCAUGUUGCGACUUUUUUUUUCGGCAUUUAAAGCAGGCGAUUAUAUUUCUGUGCAUAUUUUUGACCAUUUGUCAUAGAAAAGAAAACUAUACCUGCAAAUCUUCAGAAAAUUCGCGUUUUUACGGGACAAACGGUAGACAAUUUCAUGGAAUGCUCCAAUAUCUGUGUCGGACCGUUUAGCUUUUUUUGCUAUUUUUGUUUUUUAAGGCGCUAGAGCCCUUCAAAAAUGGCCAAAAUGGCCUAAUUGACUAUGCCGAAAUGAGAGCCGUGGUAUUCAAAACUGAUAUCAAUUAGCCAAAAAAGCAAAACGAUCUGCCACAGAUAAUUUCAUAGUCAUUUAAAUUUCCACAUUUGGUUACGAUUGCUUAAGUUUUGGAGGAGGAAACAGUCUAGUACGAAACCUCGAUUUUUGAGAUUUUUACGCAGGAUUUUCGCUUUGUCCUUAUCACACUAGUUUUAGGAGCCGCUUCCGUUAGCGAGACGGGUAUAUUCACCUAAAAUAUUUAAAUCUCAGCUCCUGUUUCGUCUUAAUACACUUAGGAAAAGAUGGGUAGUCUAUCUCGGCGAUAUACUGUUGGGUCGCGCCAAUCAUGUGCUUGGCCUACAGCAGCGGUCGGCAACAUUUUAGCAGCCAAGGGCCACAUAGUAGUUAACGGAGGUGACGCGGGCCGUACUUUGUUAAUAUUUAUGACUUUAUGAUAUGAGACAUUGUCGUUUGUCAUUAUUACAUACAAAAUA